AUGGACUACUCGGCUGUUCCCACGCCCGUCGCCUGCUAUGCCGACUUUUGUCUGAUUCCGGUCGGCACCGGCAACGUCUCUGUGGCCGAGGACGUGGCGGAGGUCCAGCGGCUGCUGCAGGCCUCGGGCCUGACGGUGACGAUGCACGCCAGCGGCACGACGGUGGAGGGCAGCUGGGACGACGUGAUGCGGGUGGUUGGGCAGGCGCACACCGUGGUGCACCAGCGCGGCGUGCUGCGGGUGCAGAGCUCGAUGCGCGUGGGGACGCGGACGGACAAGAAGCAGACGGCGGCCGACAAGGUGAAGCGCGUGCAGGACAUCCUGAAGGAGUAG